UGAACAAAAAGAAGAAGAAGAAAAAUACAUUAGAAAAGGAAGUGUCCUGCCUUUACGGAUUAUAUUUCUCUUUUCCAGAUACGUAUGUGACUAGUUUGGGCGCCGACUUUCUUGAAUCUGAGCAGACUGAGAAUCAACUAUUUUCUUGAAAGCAGCGGUGGCGGGAUUUUCCUGAUUCUAGCGCCUGACCGGACUCUCGCUAUAAAACGGCAGAACUACCAAAUCAGCCGCGUAUUAUUUGGCUUUCAAAACGCGUUAUAACGGGACGUUACGUUUUAAAGGAUUUAUUUCCUGAGUUAAUUUAACCGUUACCGUUUAGCUGCUUUAAUUUAACCGUAAAACCACAGUAUUUUAUUCUAGCAGCUAACCGCACGCGCCGUACAAUAAUUUAGCCGAUAAAUGUCUCCAUGACAACGAGUGUAUUGUAGUAAUGAGAGCGUCAACCGCAAGUUACCGUGACACAUCCGAGUCUGUAGCAUGUUUACUCGAUGCUGACGGAGAUAUUUAUACAGCACAACCUGCUGACGGAUAUUAGGUAGCUCACAACUGGAUGACGACGCAUCGAGGUCCGGUAUGAAACACGACACAUCUGCGCUUCAGUAACCGUGACUGGAGGCUCAGGAGAGCCUUCAUUAUGUACCAUAGCUGUGUCACCGUCCUGUCGAUCAUCUUCACCUCUCGAGACUGAUAUUCUCUGGCUUUUUAAAAACACUCGUGAUCCACCAAGUGUUGCGCAAUGGCGGGUGUUGGGGUCAGCGUGCAGCCGCGGGGUCAGCUGCCGUCUGCAUCCUCCAACUCCUCGCCCACUGAUCCAACCCGGGGCUGCUCAAACGGGGCCUUCAUGGACUCCUUUGGCAUCUUCCUGCAGGGCCUGCUGGGGGUCGUGGCCUUCAGCACCCUUAUGUUGAAACACUUCAGGGAGCCCAAGCACGAACGGAGACCCUGGAGAAUCUGGUUUCUGGACACCUCCAAACAGGCCAUAGGGAUGCUGUUCAUUCACUUUGCCAAUGUCUACCUGUCUGACCUCACAGAGGAGGACCCAUGUUCACUAUACUUGAUCAACUUCCUUUUGGAUGCGACACUGGGCAUGCUGGUGAUCUAUGGCGGCGUGAAGGCUGUUAGUGCUGUGGUUGAAUGGAGACAGUGGGAUUCGCUGCGUUUUGGAGAGUAUGGUGAGCCGGUUCAGUGCAGUGCCUGGGUGGGUCAAUGUGCUCUCUACAUCCUGAUCAUAAUGUUUGAGAAGGUCAUGAUCAUGUUGGUCCUCCUCCUCCCACAGUGGAAGAAGCUGGCUACACUCAACCCUAUAACAAACCCUCGUCUGGAGCUAGCUAUUGUCAUGCUAAUCGUCCCGUUUUUCGUGAACGCUUUGAUGUUCUGGGUGGUAGACAACUUCCUAAUGAAGAAGGGCAGAACAAAAGCCAAAUUGGAGGAGAGGAUAGCAGAAAAUGACCCUCGUGGCAGCAGCAAAGUGCGCUAUAGACGGGCAUUGUCACACGACGACUCUGAAUCAGAAAUUCUGUUUUCUGCAGAUGACGAAAUGGAGGAUUCAGAUGGUGACGACGAUGUACGAAGACUCACAGGGCUCAAGCCUGUUAAGAAAAAGAAGCACCGGCUGGGUAUUCCAGUUUGAAUUCAAAUCAAUUUAGACUUGAGGUCUCUCUCAUUUACCUGAACAUGGAUCAGAAAGUGAGGGGCAUGUAGACUAACUCGAUCUAUGAUUUGUGGGGUAAAGGACCCAUACUCUGGUAGACAUACACGAGAGAAGCCUCCGGACAUCACUAGAAAGAUUUUUGCUACCCUAUGUCAAAGGGUAGAACAUAAUAUUUUCAGUCUGUCAAGGUCUUUUGUGCACAUUCAUAAUUCUUUACUGCGGCUGCUUUGUCAUGCUUAAAGAACGUGAUUCUCCAGUGGAUAUACAACACACUACAUCUCCUCCUCUCAUCUGUCCAGCCUUUAAAAGUCAACAAAGCAAUUCAAAUAACAUACUGAUGUUGUUUCACUGAAAUAAGUACCUUUAACCAUAUGCACGUGAUUGAUCACACUGACUUGGACGAACAUUCAAGGUCAAUCGAAGUCGGCUCCAAAGCGUGUUUGUGAGUGUAGCUGCUGCAGAAAGUUUUGUGUGUGUCCACUGUGAGGAAAGUCUACUAAUAAAUGUUACAGAAUAACACUGGUCAGCAGUGUUAUGAGAUGGCAUUACAAUACAGUUAGUACAGUCUGCUUGCAAUGUGUGUUUUUAACCAAUUGGCAGCAGACGUUCUGAGAAGGUACGUAAAUCCAGGGAUGGUUGUUUCAGACCCCUGAUUGGGAUGGCUUGUCUUACUGUUUGGCUUUUCAAAGUGUAUCUGCCUCAAUUCAGUGUCCGCUGUGUUCUAAUUUUCCCUGUAUUUAUUUGUUGUUUUGUUGUUGUUUGUAUGGCCUCUUAAUAACAGGACCGUUCAUUCAAAAAUGUCAAUUAAAAAAAAGUACUCUACCUCAUGUCAUUCCAAACCUGUAUGUCUUUCAUUCUUCUGUAGAAUGUUAAGAACAUUGAACCCCACCGACUUCCAUUGUAUACAUUUUUUUUUUUUUUAAAUGUGUCUCACAGAAGAACAAAAGUCACAGUUUUUGAACAACAUGAGAGUGUAGUACAUGUUUUUUUUUUGGGUGAACUGUCUUUAAACUUUCUGUUUUGCUGCUUAUUGCAGGGUAGAUGUUGUGGUGCGAAUGCUUCUGUAACUUUUUGCACAGUUUGGUGUUAUGUUGUGGUAUCUUUGUUGUAUAACCUUCAAGUUUUAUGUUUUUAAGCAUUCCCUGUUGCCUCUAUACUCUCAAGACACUGUCAAACUCUAAAGACUAAACCAGCAGGCCUUUCUUCCAAAUGCUUUCUCUUCCACCUUUACACAUUUCUGCUCUAUAGAGCAUUUGAUUUUUAUUCCAACACUAAAGCACAGAUCCUUGAAGAAUGAUGCAUUUGCACCAUGCAUUCUCCGCAAAUAUUUUAAACUUGAAACCACUUAUGUCGGAUUCAUUUUUGUAAUCUUUAUUCUGAAGAUGGAUAUAAUGUGAAGAGGAAAAUGCCUGUAGGUAUAGAGUUGAAGUAAAUGUAAUUGGGAAUACAGGACCAGUUGUUGUAUCACUUUCAUUGUCCAACUGAUAUUUAAUGGACCAAGUUUGUGGGAGUACUUUUUGCACACGUUAUGUGUUUUUGUUUUACAGGGAUGAAUUGAAACCAGGCCCUCUGGUCAGGCCUGCUGAAUGAACAAGGUUACUGAUAAAGAUUUCGUCUAGAUGGAAAUAUAACCGCCUUUCCCUCUUGGGGUAUGAUUCUGACUAUUAUUACAGAGCAAUCUUGGUUACUGUUGGUAAAUGAAACCAAUUGGAUGUGGAGAGGGGUGUUAAGUACUUAACAAUAUUAGAUGAUUAGGAAUUACUGACAAAUUGUGAACUUAUGUAUGCUUUUUUCAAUAAACCAUAUAAAAAUG